GGCUAUCUCUUGUUUCACUGCAAUCUGAAAAACGCCAGUUCACAGUGAAUCACAGUCGAGCGCUGGCUACUGUCAGGGUCAGUUCGAAGCUGACGUGCUGUCAAAUCCUGGACUCUUUUCAGGUUGCAAGUCUAGAUUAAGAGAGAUGAUGCUGCUUGGAUUGUUUUUGCUGUCCUUUGGAUUUCUCCUGGACAGGGGCACAUGUACUGCAAUGCAGUCAGAGCUCAGAAUCACAACAAUAAAGCAAGAGCCGUAUGUGAUGUCCAAAGGUGCUCAGCUGGAAGGCUUUUGCGUGGACCUGCUCUCUGAAGUAGCCAAGAAAGUGGGCUUCAAGUACAAAGUGCAGCUGGUGAAAGAUGGCGCGUAUGGUAGACAGGAAGAGAGCGGGAACUGGAACGGGAUGGUUGGAGAGGUGGUGAGAGGGGAAGCAGACCUCGCUAUUGCUCCGCUGACUCUCACUGCAGCUCGGGAGAAAGCUGUGGGAAUGACCAAACCAUUCAUGCAGACGGGAAUCAGUAUUCUGCUGAGGAGGGACGUUUCAGAGGAUGCAGGCUUCUUUGAUUUCCUUUCCCCUUUCUCAGCACAGACCUGGGUUGGCAUACUCAUUGCCUAUCUGGGGACGGCUGCUUGCAUCUUCAUAGUUGCCAGACUCAGCCCUUCUGAGUGGAGUCAGCCUCAGAGUGAGAAAAACACGUUCGGUCUCCUCCACAGCCUUUGGUACACAGCUGGAGCUCUGACUCUUCAAGGUGCCGGCCCUCAUCCCAAAGCCCUUUCGGGGCGUGUCAUCUGCAGCAGUUGGUGGCUAUUUAGCGUUGUCCUCUUGGCUUGCUAUUUCUCCAACCUCAGCUCCACUAAGACCCCAGAGUCCUCUCACCUGAUGGUGAAAGGGUUUGAGGACUUGGCCAAUCAGGAUGUGAUUGAAUAUGGCUGCCUGGCUGGCUCUUCCACACUUGCUUUCUUUAAGAAUUCAAACAACCCAGUGUACCGCAGAAUCUAUGAGCACAUGGAGCGGACAAAGAGUUUUGUGUCGAGUAUGGAUGAAGGCAUUCGACGUGCAAAAGAGGGCAACUACGCCUUCAUUGGAGAGUCUGUUUCUCUGGACUUAGCCGUAGCGCGUUACUGUGAACUAGUCCGGGCGCAUGAAGUCGUUGGCAUGAGGGGAUACAGCAUUGCUGCUGCUCUUGGUUCUCCAAUCAUAAAGAACCUCAGUGUGGCAAUCCUACAACUAAGUGAGGCAGGGGAGCUGGCUUACUUGCGAAGCAAGUGGUGGGCAAGCAGCUGCAUAGCAGACAAGGGCAAGGUGUCAGCUGUGCAGCCGCAUAACCUCAAGGGGAUAUUUCUGGUGCUUUCCCUCGGCCUUGGGCUGGGAACAAUUGUGGCUGUCCUGGAGCUGACCUUCAAGAGUCGCAGGCGUGCAGCAGAGCACAAGAAGACAUGUUGCUCUGUACUGACUGAGGAGCUGAGUCUGCGCUUGAGGACCAGCAGUGGGAACAGAUCCCAGGAAAAUGUAGAUAAAGACAAGGAAAAGGCAUAGAAGCCUUUGGAAGAUUCAACUACUAUGAAACGUUUAGAUUUUAGAGCUUUUUAUGUUUGAUUUAAUUAUUGUUUUCCAUUUGGCUUGAUAACACUUGAUAACUUUGUUCACAGAAUUUACAGAAAUAUUAACUCAGUAGACUGUAAACCUUAUUAUUUACCUUAUUAUUUACAUUUGAACUAAAAUGUAAAAAAAAGUCCAACUUUUUCAGAUAUAUAAAUUACUGAUUUUUCAGUACAACUGCUACUCUUUCAAUGAAAAAUCAAACACUUCAGUAUAAAAAAACGUUUUUAAUUUCAGUUUACACUUGUAAACUCAACAUUUUGCUAACAAACUGUGCACAUGUUUACUUUCUAGGUUUACUGCUUGCAACUCUGCAUCAUGUAUUUUGUACACUUGGCAGUGGCAUCAUGUGACUUCAGCAAUUUCUUUUUAAAAACUACUUCAUGCAUAAAAACUGGGAUGAUUGUAAACAUUUCAGCAAGAUUAGAAAAGAAAUAAAAAAAAACAUCU